UUUUUAUUAUGGCUGGUCUGCUACAUUGGGUCGAGCAAAAAGCCACCCCACUUAAUAUCAAGAGAGAGAACAAUUGUGGCACUCACGGAUGUUUAACAUUUUAUCAUGCCUUCUACUUUAUUAUUGUUACGAUUUCAACUGUGGGAUAUGGUGAUAUUACAAUGAAUUCAGAUUGGGGCCGUGCUGUUUCGUUGCUUACCAUAUUGAUAGCCUUAUUCAUUUUACCUGUACAGAUUAAUAAAAUCAUGGAGCUUGCGUCACGAAGGCCAUAUGGGGGAAAAUUUGUUGUGCAAAAAGUUGUUGGUUCACGAUUUGUUAUAAUCAGUGGAAAUUUAUCAUAUCGAACUGUACAGGAUUUUCUUUCAGAGUUCUAUCAUCCUUCUCAUGAUAAAGAUAUGCAAGCAUUUCCUCUUAGGGUUGUGAUUAUGGCUCCAUAUAAACCCUCAUUUGAGAUGAAGACCCUCCUAGCACAUUAUAAAGGUCACGUAGAAUUUAUUGAGGGCACACCUUUGAAUGAAUUCGACCUUGAUCGUGUUAGUGCUAAGAUGGCUUCAGCUGUAUUCUUAAUGGCAGAUCAACAGGCUGUGAAUGCUGAUGCAGAGGAUGCAGCACAGUUUGUUCGUACAUUGAGUGUACAUCGACACUGUGGCACAGGGGUUCGAGUUAUUGUAGAGAUGUUCAAACCUGGGAAUCAGGACAGUGCCAUUUUAGAUGAUGUAGGAGAUGAAAUUGAGAUUGUGUGUCCAGAAGCCAUUCGUUUUCAGCUGCUUGCUCAAAGCUGCCAUGUCAAAGGGCUGCCAACCUUUUUGACAAAUCUGUUCAAGUCUGGAUUGGGUGUCUCUACUAUUGGAUCUGAACAACACUGGAUGCAGCAAUAUUCAGAUGGUCUUAAGCAGGAAGUGUUUCCAGUGAUAUUGCCUCCUUGCUUUCAUGCAGAAGGGUUUCUUUUCGAAGAGGCUGCAGAGGUGGUUUACAGGAAACUUCAUGUUAUCCUAUUUGGUCUUGACAUUCUGAUGGACGAUUCAAGGGAAGUAGUUCUGUACCCAAAAGGGCACCAGAUUUUGUCUUCUGAUAUUGGCUUAGUUAUUGCUGAAGACCUUUGGGCUGCACAGGAAGUUUCUAAAUUUGGACACCAAGCUACUUUGUUUUGCUGGAAGCAGAUACCCAAGUAUACAUAUUGCAUAGGUUCCAAUAAAAAAGACUCCAUACAAGACAGAAUGCUCUUGGAAGAAAUUAAGAAGCAAAGAUCUUCUAAAAUAACAAUACCUGCAGAUCUGGCAACUUCGGAUUCUUCAAUCAGUUAUAAUGAUGGUAGCAGGAACUUGAGUUCUGUAGGUUCUGGAUUGCCCACAAGGUCGACAUACAGAAGUGAACAUCAGAGCACGAUAGGAAAGAUUAUUUCUGCCAGCCAUGAGGAUAAUCAAUCACUGAGUGAUUCCCUUUUUCACAAAAAUAUUUCUAAUGCAGGUUUACAGAACCUAUUUUCAUUGGAGGAAGCAAUAGAUAUUGCAACAAGUUGGCCACCACAACAGAAGUGGGAGAAACCUGAUCCGUCAGUCCUGGAACGAAGGGUUAAUGCCAUAAUGGAAAACCUGUGUUCCAGAACCAUGUCAGUAGUUGAGCUGAAUGUGCCACAUAUUUUGUUGUGUAUCCUGGAAAAGUGGCCUAUUAACCUUUUCUAUUUCAUUAGCCAUCUUAGAAUGUCAGAUCUACCAAAUCCACCAGUGGUUAUUUUACAUCCCACAGAACCAGUUGCUUCUGAAUGGGGGUGUGUUGGAAUGUUCCAAGAUGUUUAUUUUGUAAAAGGGUCACCAUUGUAUGAGCUAGAUCUGGUUCGAGCAGGUGUCAUGCAAGCAGAAAGAAUAAUUAUAUUGGCAAAACGCAGCUAUGAGGAGGAAAUUAAAGGUGAAAGCAAUCAGUCCUCUAUAACAGAAGCUUUUCUUGAUAUAAAUAACAUUUUGAUAGCUGCAACCAUUGAACGCCUUCUUCGGCCAACAAGGGACCGCAUUAUUGUUGAACUACAGGAGGAAGCUGCAAUUCAUUACUUGAGACCUAAGCUUCGUAUAACUAGCAAAAUGUUUGAAAAUGGCAUUUAUGCUAGGAACCGGGCUUCAGACUACAUGUUUUCACCCCCAUAUAUUGAGGGAAAGGGUUUCAGUCCUGCUGCACUCAAUUUUUUGAUGUAUGCUACAUUUUUUAAUCGUAAUGCAGUUAAUAUAGUAGAGAAGUUCUUAUCAGUCGGAGUAAACGUAGCAGGUAAUCAAGCAUUUGUUGGAAAACUUGACCAGCUUCCAAUCCCAAAAGGGUAUGUGGGGAGAACAUUCAUGGAACUCUUCGUAGAGGUUUUGCAAGAAUAUAUUCUUGUAUUGGGCCUUCACAGGCCAGCAGGGACACACAACUCGAUUGUUUCAUAUGUCUAUACCAAUCCACGACCUGAGGAGAUAUUGGUAGUGGGAGAUUUAAUGUUUGUGAUAAAGCCAUAGAAGGUAACAUAUAGUCCUCCUGCCAUAUUAAAUGGAAGGCAUAUAUAUCGUAUUAUAUAGAGAUUCUCAAGUAGGGUGGGCAACACGGGUAACUUAGACAAGUAAAUUGUAUUGUAUUGUCAAUUUCUAUGUGGGUAUUUAAUGUGUUUUAAUCUUUCUUUCAUCACGUUGGAUCGGCAUUUCUGAAAUAAGUGGUAAUGUAUAGGAACUCCUGUCAAAUGCAUUUGGAGAUAUUAUCAGUACUGUUCAUUCGGUGCUGAAACAUGGUCCUAUUCACAAACUGCUGCCAGAUUUUUAGCGUUGAUUCUUUAGCUGAUGCUACUCAAGCUUAAUCAUCAAUUCCAUUUGUGUUUGUCUGUAAGGCGACAACUUUCUUAUUGGAGCGUAACUACUCAUUAUCCUUGGUCAUUUUGCUUGAGUGCUUAAAACAAAGAGAAAUGAACAAAAAUAAAAAAUGUUUUCACAUGGAUGAAAAUUCUUUGAAAAUUGCGAAGUUUUGUUCGAAAAGUUGAACCUAUUUUCAAUGUAAUGGUUGUACUUAUUUA